AUGAUACAAAUUGUAGUGAAAAAUGGUCAUAAUGAGUAUGUAUUUGGUAUCCCAGAAAGUAAACUUCCCAGUAGUACAAUUAGAGUUGAUAAUGAGUUUGUCAGAUUCAUUAUAGAUACGGGUGCCUCAGUUAACAUUAUGGCAAGUGAAGUAUUUGAUAACUUUAAGAAAAAGCCUAUCCUUCAGAAAACACAUGUUAAAAUUUAUGGGUUUGGUAGUGACGAACCAUUGAAAACUAGAGGUGUUUGUAAGGUAACGUUCCAUGCAGAAAAUGAGGUAAAAUGUGAGGAUGAUGUUUACAUUGUUGAUGGCAAUGUUGGUAACAUACUCUCAUGGUGGUCGGCGGAAAAACUUAACUUGGUUAAGGUGACUUGUAACAAUAAUGUAAUGGGUAUUAGAGAUACAGAUAUUCCUACUAAUAAUGCAACAAAUUUUACUGAUAAUGAUGAUGGUGUACAGUUCAUACACUCAAAAAAGUACCCAAUUUUUGACGGGAUUGGAAAAUUUAAAGGGGUUGAAGUUAAACUACAUGUUGAUCCAACUGUAAAACCCACACAGCAAAGACACAGAAGGAUUCCAUUUCACAUAAGAAAAGAUGUAGAUAAGGAGUUAAAUAGAUUGAUGGAUUUGGAUAUAAUCGAAAAUGUAGAAGGUCCAACACCCUGGGUAAGCCCAAUCGUCGUUGUACCAAACGGUAAUGGGUCUAUAAGAAUCUGUGUUGAUAUGAGACAGGUUAAUAAGGCGAUUCUCAGAGAACGUCACCCAAUCCCCACAUUAGAUGACAUAGUAAGUGACCUUAAUGGUGCCACUGUGUAUAGUAAAUUAGAUUUACGAUCAGGUUACCAUCAGUUACACCUCCACGAGGAUUCUAGAUUUCUUACUACCUUUACCACUCAUUCCGGUCUAUAUAGAUAUAAAAGGUUGAUCUUUGGUGUCAAUGCAGCUUCAGAAAUUUUCUCAGCUGAAGUAGGAAAACUGUUGUACGGGCUUAAAGGCUGUAAAUAUAUCUCGGACGACAUUGUUAUUUUUGAACGAAAUGAACAAGAACACGAUGAAAAUUUGAAAGCGUCAUUAGAGCGACUACAGCAGCAUGGAGUUACGCUAAACAAAGAAAAAUGUGUGUUCAGAACACAUGAAGUAAAAUUCUAUGGUCAUAUUUUCAACAGUAAUGGCUUGGCAGUUGAUCCCCGGAAAGUUGAAGAUAUUCAAAACGCUCCACGACCAACGAAUGCAAGCGAAGUUCGAUCUUUUCUCGGACUAACACAAUAUGUGGCGAGAUUUAUUCCCGAUUAUGCAUCACUGACAACAUCGCUGCGUAAAUUGACGCGAAAGAAUGUCUAUUUCAAAUGGACAGACACCCAAGAACAAGCUUUUAUUAAACUUAAAACCGCCCUCAUCAGCCCCACAGUGAUGACAUACUUCGACAUUCAGAAAGACUCGCAGGUGUUAGUGGAUGCAAGCCCAACAGGAUUAGCCGCUAUGCUCUGCCAAGAUGGCAAAGUUAUAGGAUACGCUAGCAGAUCGUUGACCGGUGUUGAACAGCGAUACUCGCAAACAGAGCGGGAAAUGUUAGCUGUCGUUUUCGGUGCUGAACAUUUUCAUUUGUAUUUAUAUGGAGCAAGAUUUCAGAUAAUGACUGACCAUAAACCAUUACUCAGCAUAUUCAACCAUAACAAGCCACUGAGCACACAAAUUGAACGCUGGAGGUUAAGAUUAAUGCCAUAUAAUUACGAGUUGGAAUACCGACCUGGACACGACAACCCGGCUGACUACUUAAGUCGACACCCAAACAAGACAACACAAGACACUGAAGAACAGCAAACUGUUGCGCAUGUUAAUUAUAUUGUACACAACGCAAUCCUAAAGGCGAUGAAACUGAGUGAUAUUGAGGCUGAAAGCAAAGUUGAUAGCCAACUACAGAAAUUGAAACAGGCAAUUGAACAGAAUAAUCAUGUGUUGUGGAACGAAGCUGAACUUCGCGAAUUUAAGCAGUUAAAAGAUGAGUUGACAGUAUUCAGUCGUGAAGGUUAUCCUGAAGAACUAGUUUCUGAUAAUGGUACGCAGUUAACUAGCCAGGAGUUUGAAACUUUUUUGCAAAAACGUAACAUCAAACACAGAUUUUCUGCGGUGUAUCACCCAGAAGGAAACAGUACUGUCGAGCGCUUUCACCGGAUUUUGAAUGAAACUAUUCAAACGGCGCGAAUCGAUAAACGUCCAGUAAAAAAUGCUGUGACGGAAUUUCUAGGUACUUAUCGCGCUACGCGACAUGCCACUACUGGGGAAUCCCCUUCUGUGGUACUACACGGGCGUCAUAUGUUGACUUUGUUAGAUAUCAUUGGAGUGACAACAUCGCCUAAGCAAAUGUCUUCAGUCGAAAUAGACAAUAGAACAAAAGCAAAGCAAGCAAAGUCUAAAGAGGCGUACGACAAACGGAAGUGCGUCAAAACUAGAGUUUUUUCCUCGGGAGAUAUUGUUAGAAUUAAAAAGCCCUGGAAUGUCCGCAAGGGUGAGAGUAAAUUUACUGAACCGGUGGAAAUUAGACAACAUGUUGGUCUAAACACUUACGUAAUGACCAAUGGUCAAAAAUGGAAUGUGAAACACCUAGCCCCAUUUCUAGGAAAGCCAACCCUAUUGGGUCGAGGGGGAGAUAGUCGUGAUGAUCACAGUAGUGACUUUAUAAUUUUUCCAACUGCUGAUGAUUCAAUGAACAACAAUUCAACUCAGUUAGGUUCACGUUUCUCAAGGAGUAAGAGAAUUGUCUUUAUUGCGAGUUUACAAGGACUCAACACCAUACCUUGUAAGAAGGUAGUAGAAGGUAUAAAGGAAAUAGAUGAUCCCUUAAGUGAUGUAGAGCUGGAUAGUAUUGUAGAAGGUGAUUCUAUAACCGAAGAAAAGGGGGAAAAGGAAAAAGGGAAAACUUUGUCAAAGCAAACGAGAAAGAGUCUUAGAAACAGAAGAAUGCCAAAAAGGUAUAAUGAGUUUAUGAUGAACUAA